AUGCCCGUCUUGGGAGGAAUCGAGGUGGGUGUGUCGGACGACACGAGCGAGGUGGGACAAGGCGUUCCCUCGUUCUCGGAGGGCACCCUCUUAGCGACGGGCUCCCUGAAGACGCACGUUGGCGGUUGCCCGGCGCCCGUCGACGUCGGCUGCGAGACGGCAGAUGAUGGCCGCGUCUGGAUCGUCCGCGUCCGCGUUGCUGUGGAUGAGACCGUUAUGGCCGGGGAGUGGGACGUGGUGGAUGGCGGUGGGGUUGACGACGAGGGGGGCGGGGUGGCCGGAGGCGAGGAUGAGGAUGAGGAUGAGGAUGAGGAAGGGGAGGGUCUGAGUGCUCUCGCAGGACCAGAAGUCGGGGGUGAGGGGGUCGUUGCAGCAACGAUGAGUAGCUUGGACGCAGAAGGGACCGCAGGCGAUGGUGUCCCCCGGGCAGAAGACUUCGUCGUCGCCGUCGCCGUCCGCGGGUGGGGUUGA